AUGGUCUUCGGCAUGGAGCCUCGCAUCAAGACGGCGUUCGCACUCGGCCUCGUGGAAGGGAUCUUGCUCAUUCUCUUUGGCGUGUGCGUCACCUUCGAUCGGCCCGUGCAGCCGAGACAUGUUACAGCCGCCGAGGAAGAGUACAACGAGGCAACUUUCAACCGCUUCUAUCCCAUGUUCGAGGAUGUGCACGUGAUGGUGUACGUCGGCUUCGGCUACCUGAUGACGUUCCUGCGUCGGUUCGGCUACAGCGCCGUGGGCAACACACUCCUUCAGAGUGCCAUCGUUCUGCAGUGGGCCGUCAUCAUGCGCGGCAUAUGGCGCCUUCUAGGUGCCGAGUUUUCUGCCGUCACGUUCCUCAUCUCUCUCGGUGCACUUCUGGGGAAGACGAGCUUGAUCCAGAAUGCCAUGAUAGGGUUCAUGGCGACCGCCAUUGGAGCGGGCAACGAAUACCUGGGAGUAGCGGUGUUCCAGGCUGCGGAUCCUGGCGGUUCCAUAUUCCUGCACACCUUCGGCGCGUACUUUGGCUUGUCAGUGGCAUUCGUCACUCACAAUAAGGAGCACGUGGGCAACCGCAACGAGGGCUCCUCGUACAUUGCCGACGUCUUCUCCAUGAUUGGCACACUUUUCUUGUGGCUGUAUUGGCCGAGCUUCAACGCUGCCACGGUCCGAGGCGCCGAGAGGCACCGAGCCGUGAUCAACACUUACCUCGCCCUGACGUCAUCGUGCCUGACUGCGUUCGCCGCAUCGUCGUGUCUCGAUGUUCGAGGAAGACUCGACAUGGUUCACAUUCAGAACUCAACACUUGCGGGUGGUGUUGCCAUCGGCAGCAUUGCGAGCAUUUUGGCUGAGCCUCACAGCGCCAUCAUAGUGGGAAGUGUGGCCGGGAUAAUCUCAGUGUUGGGAUACAAGUUCGUUACGCCUUUUCUGGCUCGCCGCUGGAGUGUGCACGACACGUGCGGCGUGCACAACUUGCACGGCAUGCCGGGAGUUCUCGCCGGCAUCAGCAGCAUCAUACUGGCGGCCACAACGUCCCACGAGUCUCACGGCGACAAUUUAUUCUCCGUCUAUCCGGCGAGAGCUUUCGUGCUGUUCAACGUGACCGACGGCCAUGGCUUCAACGUGACCUACGGACUGAACCGGUCUGCUGGAGAACAGGCCACCUACCAGCUCUGGGCUCUGCUCGCCACCUUGUUCAUUGCCAUCUCAGGAGGCGUUGCCACAGGACUCUUGAUUCGUUUGGAAUGUUUCGUGCCCGUGGACGUUCAAGACGUGUUCGACGAUGGAGUCGCCUGGAACGUGGCAGGUCCCGAGAUGCCCACGUUCGUUGAAGUGAAGCCGCGAAAGUCAUCUCCGGCCAGAAGGCCUCAAAUCCGAUUCAAGAACCGAGUAAUGCGCAUCUUGCGCGAUACCAGAGCUCAAGCUCCGCAAGCCUUCAUUCAUUAA